AAAAACUACUAAAUAAAAUGAUAAACAUGAUAUAAUUUUACAGAGAUGAAUGUGUGAAGUUCCCAAGGUUUUUCAAGAUCUGAUUUCCUUAAAUCUAUAAUUCCAAUUGGCAUUGUCAAUAUUGACCAUGAAAAUGGUUCUAUCCCAGCGACAGCGUGAAGAAUUAAAUAAGGCUGUGGCAGAUUACCUCUGCAGCAAUGGCUAUAUGGAUGCACUUGAAGCUUUUAAAGCUGAGGCUGAUAUGCCAGGAGAAAUAGAACGCAAAUAUUCUGGCUUGCUGGAAAAGAAAUGGACAUCAGUCAUACGUUUACAAAAGAAGGUGAUGGAGCUGGAAGGGAAACUUCAUGAAGCUGAGCGUGAGUUCAUAGCUGGAGCACCAACACGAGACAAGCGAUCCCCAGCUGAGUGGAUCCCUCGACCUCCAGAGAAAUACUGCCUCACUGGUCACAGGGCUCCUGUUACAAGGGUGGUGAUCCACCCAGUCUACAGUCUUCUUGUAAGCUCCAGCGAGGAUGGCACCAUAAAGAUCUGGGACUAUGAGACGGGCGAAUACGAACGAACACUCAAGGGACACACAGACAGUGUCCAGGACAUUGCCUUUGAUCCUGCAGGCAAAAUACUUGCUUCAUGUAGCGCCGACAUGUCCAUCAAGCUGUGGGACUUGUCCACGUUUGAGUGCACGAAGACUCUACACGGCCACGACCACAACGUCUCCUCGGUCACCUUCCUCCCCACCUCAGACUUCCUCCUCUCAGCCUCGAGGGAUAAGAGCAUCAAAAUGUGGGAGGUGGCCACCGGGUACUGCGUAAAGACGUUCACCGGGCACCGGGAAUGGGUGCGCAUGGUGAGGGUGAACUCCGAUGGCUCCCUCAUUGCCUCCUGCAGCAACGACCAGACCGUCAGGGUGUGGCUCACCCAGACCAAGGAGUGCAAGGUGGAGCUACGUGAGCAUGACCACGUCGUGGAGUGCGUGGCGUGGUGUGAAGGCUCCUCGGCAGCUAGCAUCGCCACAGCCACCGCCACGGAUAACAGGCGACCUCAGAACCAAGGACCCUUCCUGGUCUCCGGGGCCAGGGAUAAGACCAUCAAGGUUUGGGACGUGGGUGUAGGCAUGUGCCUGUUCACGCUGGUUGGACACGACAACUGGGUGCGUGGUCUGGUGGUGCACCCUGGUGGCAACUACAUCCUCUCCGCCUCAGACGACAAGACCGUCCGUACCUGGGACAUCAAGAACAAGCGCUGCCAGAAAAUCCUUGAAGCACACACCCAUUUCUGUACAUCGAUAGACAUGCACCGCAGCGCACCCUACGUGAUCACGGGCAGUGUGGAUCAGACCAUCAAGGUGUGGGAGUGCCGUUAGAACUGCGACCACCGGCAUCCGUGCUACGAUGGGCGGAGAGUUUGCUCCCUAUGCGAUAUUAUAAUAUGGAUUUAGUGACCUUCCUUGAACUUGCUUGUAAGGAAAAAUUAUGUGGAAAUAAGUGCAUAAUUUGUCAAGAAUUUUGUAUAAAUGUCAUAAGUUGUAAUUAGAGUGAGGGUUGGCUUGUUGCAUGUUUUACAUCAAAAUCUUGAAAUUAUUGAAUCGUCGUGAUGCAUCCGUGGCUUUUCUCUUUUUAGGAUACGAGAAUUGUAACACUAUGAGCAUCAUUUAUCUCUAAAAAUGCUUAUAAGUAGAGUUUGUCUGCCCUGUUGAGUCUGAAAUUCGUUGUUCUGGCAGGUUGUGAUGAUAUUACUCGUCUGCUUAUCACCUUGACUGCGAUUUCAAGCAAGCAAACAGACUUCAGUUUCCUGUAAUCUUGAGCUAGUAACGUCGUCAGGUUGUUGAGCUAAACUGCUAUUUAUUCUGAACCUGUCAUCUGGCAAAAACAUUCUGCCAAGUUUAGCAACCCUAAGAGUUCUGCGCUGAAGAAUGUUAUUUGAAAAAUGUAUGUGAAAGUAUUUGCUUGUUACGAUUAUAACUCCAAAUUAUGCAUUAUUUGUAAUGUUUCUCGGUGCGCCGGAGUUCUAAUAGUGCUGCAGCGUUGGUAAUAAUGCCUGAAAUAUUGGUUAGUAUAUGAAAACUAUUUGCAUAUUCCGUACAAUAUUGUAACUAAAAAUAUUUCUAUUUGAUUCUUCCCUGUUAAGUAAGACUGUCUUAGUUAUUUUGAUUGCAUGUCCUUACAAAUUCAUUGUAGAGCUCGGAAGUUUUCAGAGUUGCGUGGCUGGGAACACGAAUUGUGUAAAAUCGUUAUACAGAGUUCUAUCCAUUGAACUUCAUCAAAAUCAUGAGAGAAUGAGCAUUAAUUUUUCGUUACAUGAAAAAUACGAAAUUUAGCGUUCUACAUCUUGAUGAUCUUAAUUGAAAUUGUACUGAAUUCAUCUUAUUUUUUUUGUAUUCUCUUCCUUUGACUCUUGCAAUUUUUCA